AUGGGCCGUGUACUACUCAAGGUUAUCAUCCUCGGAGACAGUGGAGUCGGGAAGACCUCACUCAUGAACCAAUACGUUAACAAACGGUUUAGCAACCAAUAUAAGGCCACUAUCGGCGCAGACUUCUUGACUAAGGAGGUCAUGGUAGAUGACCGACUAGUCACCAUGCAGCUGUGGGACACUGCCGGUCAAGAACGAUUCCAAUCUCUCGGUGUUGCGUUCUAUCGGGGCGCGGACUGCUGCGUUCUAGUAUACGACGUGAACAGCGCCAAAUCUUUUGAGACUCUGGACAGCUGGCGUGAUGAGUUCCUAAUCCAGGCUAGUCCUCAUGAUCCCGAGAACUUCCCUUUUGUGGUCUUGGGCAAUAAAAUAGAUGUGGAAGAAGGAAAGCGACAGGUUACUCAGAAACGAGCCAUGACGUGGUGCCAGUCGAAGGGAAACAUCCCCUAUUUUGAAACAUCAGCCAAGGAAGCAAUUAAUGUCGAGCAGGCUUUCCAGACAAUUGCCAAGAAUGCGUUGCAACAAGAGGCGGAGGAACAGCUCUAUGUUGACUACCCCGAUCCUAUCCAAUUGGAUUCUGAAAGCUCUCAGAGCUACGGAUGCAACUGCUAG